AUGGCGCCUAAUCAAGCCCUUCCUACAACCUACCGCGACUACCGCAGAACCUCCGGAUCCCUCCCACGCUCCAUUGAACUCCAUACCCAGUCCCUUCCCCAGCAGCUCUUGCCCCACGAAGUACUCAUCCGCGUGAAAGCCGUUUCCCUAAACUGGCGCGACAUCGCGAUGCUCAGUGGACGCUACCCCACCGACCACGAAAACGCCGGGCGACCAUGUUCGGACUGCGCCGGCGAAAUAGCUGCCAUCGGAGACGCUGUAAAGGACUUCAAGGUAGGCGAUCGAGUGAGUCCGUGUUUUAACUUGGACGAUCUGGAUGGAAAGCAGAGAGAUGGGGAGGUGAGGACGUUGGGGGGAAGUGUCACGGGACAGGCGGCGGGGCCAGGGGUGCUGAGCGAGUAUGUCAUUUUUGAGGAGGGGGUGUUAGUGAAGGUGCCGGGCUAUCUGUCCUGGGAAGAGGCAUCUACACUUCCAUGCGCAGGCGUCACCGCGUGGACGGCGCUGGACCGUCCGAAAGAACCCGAGCCAGAUACUGCUGUGCUGCUUCAAGGUACGGGCGGCGUCUCCAUGUUCGCCCUGCUCCUCUGCACCGUCGCCAAUAUUACACCUAUCAUAACCUCCUCUUCCGAUGCCAAACUCUCCAGCAUCUCUGCCCUCAGCCCACUCAUUAAGGGCUUCAAUUACAAAACGUAUCCCGAUCAAGCUGCGCGAGUGAAGCAGCUCACUGCCGGCAAAGGCGUGGACAUUGUAAUCAACAACAUGGGCGCCGCCUCCCUGAUUGCUGAUCUCGAAAGCCUGAGGAACAGGCAUGGGAUGGUUUCUUUGGUGGGAAUGCUAAAUGAUCAGAAGGCGGAGUGGGAUCCGAGUGCGCUUAUGCUGGUCUUGAGAAAGUUGGCCAGGAUACAAGGAAUAAGAGUUGGUUCGAAGGUGGACUUUCAGGAACUAGUCGAGUUCUUGGAAGAGAAGGAGUUCACCACCUGGUGCUACUUCUACGGACCGCGUUGUGAGUUGAUAGCGUUGAUUCACAAUGACGACGAAGAUGAUGAGACCGCCUCAGCCGACGUCUCCAAAAUGCUGGAGCUGGCCAAACUGGACACUGGCCUCAUCACACCCUCCGUCGACGUUAUGAUGCUCUGA